ACAAAACCCCAAAACAUCUGCUCAGCUCUGAUGUCCUCCUACAGUCAUCAAUUUGUUUUCUCUUUCCAAACCUGCUGAACACACUGCAGGAAAUUUCUCCACAGGGAGGAAUUACAACCUGCCUAUCCUUCUGGCUACUGUACUUGCACUCCCUGAAUUCCUGGCUUGGCAACUGAGGUGCUGCUUACUCUAAAACAUCCAGUCUUCUGCAGGUCUCAGCUAAUAGUAACACCAUCCAUGAACUCCCUGGUUAAAGGUCACCUCAUUCAAAUUACUUCCAUGCAACCCCAUAAUUUUCACUCUUUUUCCUACUUUUAAUUACUUUUGUUUUAAAAUAAAGUAGAACACUAGUCUCAAGCAACAUAGCUCCAGUCCUUCUUGAAACCAAUGGGGAAAGAAAAAAAAAAUUAAAGAAAACAUUAAGCACCUUGGAAAGAAAUCAGUAGCUGCUGCAAGCUGAUGCUUGUGGUACUUCAUUAUUUACAAAGCAGCAGGCCCCAUUCUCCUUCUACAUCAGACAUACAGCUGGGAGGCAGCAAAGGAAGGCCAUUAUUUGCCCUGAAGCCAGGAGGGGAUGAAACAUGAAAAUCGGGGUAAGUAGAAGGUGCAUCAGAGCAGCGACCUGUGUUCCGGCUCCUAGGCACCCACACCCUGUGUAAUCAUGCCCUAUGGUAGCCUUGCCCUUGGCGUGCAGCUGGAAUCCAUUCAGGGGUUUCCCGGAGUCGCACACAGGCUCCUACCCGCAAUUAUCUUCCACGGGCUAAUCUCCUCACGUCGGCGGCACUAACGCGGGGAUUACCCCACAGACAGGCGCAGCCCCUGAGGUCUUCGGGCACCAGACGCAAAGUACAACAGCGUUACCUGCUUAUUAAGUUGCUGACAGGGUAUGCCCUGCUGAGAUGCUACCUUAACGACCUUUAAGAACGCGACGAAGUGAGGGCGCGGCGCCGAGCCGGCAGCAGCGGAGCGCCUUCCCGCCACACGGAGCGCGGCCGCCCUCUGGGGGUCAGCGCCGCACGCCGCGCUGCGGGCCGGCGAGGCUUCUGUCGGCUUCCAAUACACGUGUGAAGGAGAACAGCCAGCGCCCAGCUCGCGGCGGUGAGAGAGAAGCGAGCGAGCUACCGCCAGGCAGCGACCAGCGACCACCGCCACCUCGAACCCGCGUCCACCUUUCGGAACGGCCCCCCCUGCGGAGGAAAGUUACACGAGUGCCGCGCAUGCGCCCGCCCCGCCUCACCGCCGCCGAUGACGGAGACCGACGGCGCCGGCUGCCGCCAUGGCGGCCCGCGUGCUGAUGGCGCCGCGCAGACUGAAGCCAUUUAACAGACUGCAAGUAAUAUUACAGCACUUGAAAACAUGUAAGCAUACCGAUUCUGCAGCUGAUGUUCUGCUGCAAAAGAAAGGAGGCGCAGGAAUAAUAACUUUGAACAGACCCAAGGUUCUCAAUGCACUAAGUUUGAGAAUGAUCCAACAAAUUUAUCCACAAAUAAAGGCUUGGGAGCAAGAUCCUGAAACUUUUCUAAUAAUUAUAAAGGGAACUGGAGAAAAAGCUUUUUGUGCUGGUGGUGAUGUUAGAGCUAUUGCAGAUGCAGGGAAAGCUGGAGAUAGAAUGACACAAGAUUACUUCAGAGACGAAUACACACUGAACAAUGCUGUUGGCACUUGCAAGAAGCCAUAUGUUGCACUUAUUGAUGGCAUUACAAUGGGAGGGGGAGUUGGCCUCUCAGUCCAUGGACAUUUCCGAGUUGCGACUGAAAAGACAGUUUUUGCAAUGCCAGAAACAGCAAUAGGCCUUUUCCCUGAUGUAGGUGGUGGUUAUUUCUUGCCAAGGCUUCCAGGAAAGAUCGGCUAUCUGCUCGCACUGACAGGAUUCAGGCUGAAAGGAAGAGAUGUGCUAAAAGCCGGCAUCGCCACACAUUUCGUAGAAUCAGAAAAGCUACCUGACUUAGAGAAAGACCUGAUAGCAUUGAAAUCUCCUUCAAAAGAAAAUAUUGCAGACUUGCUGAACUCUUACCACAUGCAGACCAAAAUUGACCAAGAAAAGGAGUUCAUCCUUGACGAGCAUAUGGAGAAGAUUAACAGUAUUUUUGCAGCAAAUAGCAUGGAAGAAAUUGUUCAAAAGUUAAAGCAAGAUGGUUCUCCUUUUGCCAUGAAGCAGCUAGAGACUAUUAAUAAGAUGUCACCUACAUCCCUAAAGCUGGCUCUCAGACAACUCAGAGAAGGUGCUUCCAUGAGUUUACAGGACGUGUUCACGAUGGAGUACAGACUGAGCCAGGCGUGCAUGAGAGGCCAUGACUUCUAUGAAGGGGUUCGAGCAGUGCUGAUUGACAAGGACCAGUCCCCCCGCUGGAAGCCUGCUGCUCUGGAAGAAGUCAGUGAUGAAUUCGUGGACAAUUGUUUCAAGCCUCUGGGAAACAACGAUCUCAAGUUGUAGAGAUCACAUCUAUUGACAUCUUACACAUCUGCUUCAUUUUAUGGUAUAAAAACUAAGAACAGCAUGAUGAAGGAUGAUGAAGCUCUUAGCCAGCCUGACUUGUAACUAUUUUUCACAUUCAGUACCAUUCUCUUUUGUUAUACAGUUGUAACGACAACAUGAUUACAUCUCUGGUUAAUAAGGGGAAAAAUGACUUGAAGGCAAAUAGUUAUUCUGACUGCUGUUAGGCAAUGAUUAAUGUUCAGCUUUGGGCCUCUGCCAUUGAGGGGAACCUUGCGGGGAGACAGCGUGGCUCAGGGAUGGGCUGCGGAGCAGGAGCUGAGGAACCCAUGGUGUUUGUGGCUCUGUUGCUGGGCUGUUGAAGCAGGUUUGGCCUCCAAUUCUUCUCUGUGCAAUGAAAUUAAGAUAUACUUAAAGCAUUAAAACAGUCAGAGCUACAAAGUUAAAUGCCAGACAUGCUAAUUUCAUGGUGUUAAGUAGUCUUUUAAAUCAAAGGUCAGACUGAUGUAUGAUUAUUAGUCUGAGAGCAAGGAAUUAUUCUAUUGAUUUAACAUUUGGUCUGUGUACAGCAUUGCCACGUGAUGCAGACGUUGUUUCAAAUGUCAUAAUACUGUCAGAGCCUCGAGCACAUUUCUUUCCGCUUGUAAAAUCUAUUUUGUAAAAACGCCAUUGACUGAAUUGCA